AUGGCAGUCUGGGCUCUGAAGAGUGGUAUCAACAUAAAAAAAUAUGGAAUCGCGUCUUCGCUUCUUUCCAAAGGACCAGGUGCGCCAACUCUGACAAAGACGGCUCUCACCACCUACCAUCACCAACAUUACCUAACGCAGCUAAAUGCUUUUGGAGUUGAAGAUAAAAAUGCAUCCCAGGUAACACAGCCUGUUAUCCGACCACUGUUUCCAUGUUCUUUCCCAUCAGAAAGUGUGAAGGAGGACUCAAUGUGCUUCCUGUAUAGCGGGGAUCCAAACGGACGCACGGAGACUGUUGUUUGACCUUGUUCCUACAACAGGAUGGCUGACAGACGCCAUCACAGUCAAAUGCACGAACAUUCUCGUCCGGAAUCGCCUACAGCUAGUCAACGGUACCUGAGAAAGGAGAAUGUGCAUGGCUUCGGCCCAUAUAGUAUCUUCUCUGUGGUCGAAACUGGGACAGAGAAUCCAGAACCAUUUAACUACACCUGCGAAACCAAUCAGGAGGCGUAUCGGGCAGACAGUAAACUCGAGGAAAAUGACAGCCCAACGAAACAACUGUCUGAGAAAGAGAUUGUCCUCAAAACGGACGGAAGCACAGACAACUCAGACAGUGAGGUAAAAGGGGACACCAGAUUGGAGAAAUGCAUUGGAAACUGGAUCAUAGAUAAAAGUGGACGGAAAAAGCGUUGUCCUUACACCAAACAUCAGACUCUGGAACUGGAAAAAUAGUUAUUGUUCAACAUGUAUCUGACGCGAGAGCGCCGCCUGGAGAUAAGCAAGAGUAUUGACUUAUCUGACAGACAGGUCAAAACAUGGUUCCAAAACCGACGCAUGAAACUCAAGAAAUUCCGCAGGGAGAGUCGAGUGAGAGCGCUAACCUCUGCUUAUGACUACACCUUAUUUGAAGAGAAAUUUCACAAAAACUACACUUAGGCUACACAUAAGGUAGCAGACUAAACUCCACUCCCUUGUUAAUGAAGUUUGCUACACAUAGGCAAACAAGGCCAAGCUUUGCACACGCUACACGCAUGCAGGAGAAAGCAUCUAGAGCAGGUUAUAAAUGGAGUUCAUGCAUGGUUUUGUCAAAUGUUUCAGUUUUUAGGACUUGACAGUGAAAUGCUAUGAACCUCUCCAGAUGCACAUUGUUUUAAAACGCCGGACAUGAAUUGUUUAGAAAAUGUCUUAAAGUGACAGUAGUGCGUUUGAAUUGUUUUCCAUACACUUUUAAUUAAUUUUGAUGUCUUUACUUGGUCUCUGACUUUCUUUCGUUUAUGUUGUUAUGUGUUUUGUUGUUUUUUGUUCAUCUGAACUUGAUGUCCUGUGCAUUACAGCAUCAUAAAGUCAAUGCUCUUCCAAAUAAUUAUCGCAAACAGUAUGUGUCUGGAAGUUUUGUAAAGAUAUAAAAUAAGCCUAUACAAAAAUAAAUAAAAUGUGUAUGGAGCAUAAUUUC